GGCGGCGGAGGAGAGCCAUCGGCAGGACAGCGCCAACCUGCUCGUCUUCAUCCUGCUGCUCACCCUCACCAUCCUCACCAUAUGGCUCUUCAAGCACCGCCGCGCCCGCUUCCUCCACGAGACCGGGCUCGCCAUGAUCUACGGCGUCCUGGUCGGUGUGGUCCUGCGCUACGGCAUCCACGUCCCCAGCGAUGUGAACAACGUGACGCUGAGCUGCCAGGUGCAGACCAGUCCUGCCACGCUGCUGGUGAAUGUCAGCGGGAAGUUCUACGAGUACACCCUGAAGGGGGAAAUCAGCGCCCAGGAGCUCAACAAUGUCCAGGAUAAUGAGAUGCUGAGAAAGGUGACUUUUGAUCCUGAGGUGUUUUUCAACAUAUUGCUUCCUCCAAUUAUAUUUUAUGCAGGCUACAGCUUAAAAAGGAGGCACUUCUUCAGAAACUUGGGAUCAAUCCUGGCAUACGCUUUUCUUGGCACUGCGAUAUCCUGCCUGAUGAUCGGCUCUGUCAUGUAUGGCUGUGUGGCGCUGAUGAAGGUCACCGGGCAGCUUGGGGGAGACUUCUACUUCACCGACUGCCUCCUCUUUGGUGCCAUCGUAUCAGCUACUGACCCAGUGACUGUUCUUGCCAUAUUCCAUGAACUCCAGGUUGAUGUUGAGCUGUAUGCCCUUCUCUUUGGCGAAAGCGUUCUCAAUGAUGCCGUUGCCAUAGUGCUGUCUUCUUCAAUUGUUGCAUACCAGCCAGCGGGUGACAACAGCCACACGUUUGAUGUCACAGCGAUGUUCAAGUCCAUUGGGAUCUUCCUGGGGAUAUUCAGUGGGUCUUUUGCAAUGGGAGCAGCUACUGGAGUUGUGACAGCUUUAGUCACCAAGUUCACCAAACUGCGGGAGUUCCCCUUGCUGGAGACCGGCUUGUUCUUCCUGAUGUCCUGGAGCACGUUCCUGCUGGCUGAGGCGUGUGGCUUUACAGGUGUGGUGGCUGUGCUCUUCUGUGGGAUCACACAGGCUCAUUAUACCUAUAACAACUUAUCUACAGAAUCCCAACACAGAACAAAGCAGUUGUUCGAACUGCUGAAUUUCUUGGCAGAAAACUUCAUCUUCUCCUACAUGGGACUCGCAUUGUUCACCUUCCAGAACCACGUCUUCAACCCGACCUUCGUGGUGGGAGCUUUUCUUGCUAUCUUCCUAGGAAGAGCAGCCAAUAUUUACCCGCUGUCAUUUUUACUGAAUCUGGGGAGGAGAAAUAAGAUUGGAACAAAUUUACAGCAUAUGAUGAUGUUUGCUGGGCUGCGAGGAGCCAUGGCAUUCGCUCUGGCCAUCCGUGACACAGCCACCUACGCCCGGCAGAUGAUGUUCAGCACAACGCUCCUCAUCGUUUUUUUCACGGUGUGGGUUUUCGGCGGGGGCACCACGGCCAUGCUGUCCUGCCUGAACAUCCGAGUCGGCGUGGAUGCGGAUCAGGAGAACGUGGGUGUCCCGGAGAGUGAGAGGAGGAGCACAAAGGCAGAGAGCGCCUGGCUCUUCCGCAUGUGGUACAACUUCGAUCACAACUAUCUGAAGCCUCUGCUGACACACAGCGGUCCUCCUCUCACGACCACGCUCCCCAGCUGCUGUGGGCCGAUUGCCCGGUGCCUGACAAGUCCCCAGGCAUACGAAAAUCAAGAGCAGCUGAAGGACGAUGACUCUGACCUCAUUUUGAAUGAUGGGGACAUCAGUCUGACCUACGGGGACUCCACCGUCAACACCGAUUCGGUUGCGUCCAGCGGCACGUCACGGCGGUUCGUAGGAAACAGCUCCGAAGAUGCGCUCGAUCGGGAGCUGGCUUUUGGGGACCAUGAACUCGUGAUCCGGGGAACACGCCUGGUCCUUCCCAUGGAUGAUUCGGAGCCACCCUCAAACGUCCUGGAUAGCGCAAGACAUGGUCCAGCAUAAGGUUGCUCGGUUCAAUUGACAGUAAUAUUUGCAUAUAUGAUCAAGAAAUGUGUACUACCUAAAGUUUAAUGCAUGUCUCAAAAUGUCUAAGCUGUAUAAAUAUUAUUUAUAUGGUGUCAGAAGAAUAUAAAUAUUCUCUGCCAAGCACUUGUAAAGAACAAGCUGCGAUUUUAAGUUAAAAACUGUGUUGACUGCACUGUGUAGGGUGGAACUGUUUUAGCGUAAGAGUCUUUUGCACACAGUGAGCUUCUUUAAUGUGUGAUUUGACGAAGGGUUUAGUUCCCAGCUGGGUAAGUAAAGGAGCUGUCUCCCUGUUCAUCCUUUGAACGUGGGAGAGGGGUAGGGAGGUGCUGGUGAACAGUGGGAGUUGCUUUCUGUUCAGAUGAGGAUUGUUUUUUUGCCUCUGAUCUUUGGAUAGUUGCAUUUGAAAUGUCAGCAAAAAGUCAGGCUGCAGACUCUUGUUCACUGUGUGGAAACCUGAGCUGGGAUCCAGAGAUUUUCUGCUUUUUAGUGACCUGUCAGCUCUGCCCAAGCCACUGCUUUAGCAGGCUAAUGUCAAACAUCAGUCAAGCUGCUAGCUGUGAGUGGGGGAGCCCCCAGAGUGGGAUGGAGGCAUGGGUUGUGCUGUAGUCACCUCUGGGAGAAGGAGUUGGUCCUGCAGAAGCUGCUCAGGGCGUGCACAGAUUUUAGGGCUGAGUCUGUCUUUCAGUUGUAGCACAAGCAGCUUUGUAGAAGCAGCCAUCAAAUCCUGAAUUGGCGACCAAAUUCACAUUUGGGAAGUGACCGUGUCUUUGUGCAAGUGAAGCUCCUCUGCUGAAGCCAUGGAUGUAGUUGAGGUGCAGCGCUGCCACGGCCCAUGCUGGACCGCAGAGUCUUUGAUGGCUACAGACUGACACGGUACCUCCAGGCUUCUCCAGAGGUGAGGUAUUUAGCAUCUAGGUAGUACUGAAGGGGAGUUGUCCAUCUGUCCGUCCUCCUGUAUAGUCAAAAUCAUUGCACUUUGUUUAAUAACUCCUUAGCAUUAGCAUGCUGUGUGUCUGUAAUCCCCACCUGAUCUCUCUCAUGUCUCUUACCAUUUAAUGAAACGUGUUUGCAAGUUGAUUUUAUUUUAUUUUUUUCCCAAGGAAGAGCACAGAACAAUUUGUGAUUUCACACUAGUAUUACAGGAUUUACUCUGUAGUUACAGGAAUGGCUAAAGGUGCAGUGAAAUUGUUAACCCUGACAUCCUUCUAUUCCUCCUGAAAAGGGGGAAGCACAGAAAUUUACUGUAUGUAAUUUUAUUGUCUGUUUUAGCUGCAGUUUUACUAUACAAACCUUUCAGGGUACUGGUGCACUAUAGCCUGUUCUGGAGUUAACCCACUCCAGAAGGCUUAAACAGAGAUGUUUUAAAAAGAGAAUAUUUGAAAAAGAGCCAGGUGAGGGUGAGCUCUCCCAGCUCCCAUUAGCUUUCCUCGCAACAAACUCUGCAUCUCUUAGGAUCCGAUCCUGAGACCGCAGAGCAGUUUCCCUACAGCUGUUUUCCCCAGCACCACCUGAGAGCUGGAGAAGGCAGUAAAUACUGCAAGUUUGUAUGUUUAUAGUUGAGAAAAUCAUUUUUUUUUCAUUUUCUCAGGUCUAAGUAACAUUGCCUUAAAUUUAUGGAUGUGAAACUAAUUAUUUUGGCAGUUUAUCCCCAAGAAAAUCCUUUCUUUUCCCUUCUGAACAAAAAAUGUAUAGGUGUUGCCAUAGGUCUCCUCUAGAAGGGGAGUACGCUCUGUUUAUAUUUAGAUAGGAAAUCUUCCUUGCACCAAUAAAUGGCAGUCUCGCUGUUAAUGUAGCUGUUGGAUUAGCGCUAGCCUCUUUGUUUCCUGCUAUGCAGGAAUUCCAUAAAGUGUGCAUUUUAUAUGACAUCUGUAACUUAACUUCAUGUGUUUAAAAAGGAAAAAAAAAAUAGGUACAUGUUGAUUUUAGGUUUACUGCAUCAUUUCUACAUCCUUUAUUUUGUGUUUUGUUUUGCCUUUUUGAAGAGGUAUGAUAAAUAACUGCCUCUUGUUUUUUCCUGUAUGGUCAGACUAUGAAUUCAAUUUACGAAGCUGAUGCUGGUGCAGCUGCCGGGUCCUGCUCCUGCUGGCAGCUCCUGUGCUCCAGCUGCCAGGCUCCAGGCAGGAGAGCAGCAUGUGAGCAUUGCGGGGCUCCAUCCCAGGCAAUCCCAGCCAAGGUGCAAACUUGGAGCUGAGCGCUGCGCGAUGGCCACAGCCUAAGGUCUGCCCGUAGCCUUCGUGGCAUUCCUCUUUGGCCCUCCCACUUUAAUAAUCUAUCCAUGUCCUGAAAGUUUGCCAGCACAUUAGCAGAAGCCUUGGCUUUUGAUGCCAGUUCAAUUAGUACAUUUAAGAAAAAAAAGUUAACAUGAGAUGAUUUUAUGGGGUACCUGUGAACUCUGCUAUGAUCCAUACAUCAUAUAAGCAGGACUAUUUCAAGUAGUGUUGGGGAAAGAAUGCAUGUAAGCUGCAAUUUGUGAGCAUUUUAAUAAAUGACUCAGAUUCAUCCUCAGCUGAUUACUUUCUCUAUUCUGCUGCAGCAGAGAAUCCGUGAUUGCCUGGGUUUCAGAUGCAGAGCCCUGAUGGUUUGUGUGCUGCAGCUGGUUUUAAGGGUUACUGUAGAGAAUCAGGCCCUGAGACACUUUGCCAAGUAGAUAGGACAGCCCCAAGGAGGCAGUUUACAACUCACAUGGAGAUUUAGAGAAGAUUCCCUCCUUCUGUAAAUUGAAUUUUCAUGGUUUUUGCACACGAAAAAGCAUUGUAGGUAAAGUUAUGGUUUGUACUAGUACUGUCGAUUUGUGUGGUAAUGGCAUUAACCCUGUAGCUGUGGUGUUUGUGCAGCUGAUCUGUGAUAGCUGAUGAUCACUAUUGGACCUUCUGUUUACACUGACUAAAUCCUUUACUGUUGCGUUGUACUGUGAAAGAAGGAUUAUGGGCCUAUAAAGGAUUAUUUUUUUUCUGGAAUUGUGUGUACUGUUUCAUUAAUUCACAUGGAAAUAAAUCUGUAGCAAAGUGAA